AUGAAGGCCAACGCCAGAUCCCAUGCUGAUUACACCGUCGGAUGGGUCUGCGCGCUUCCACAAGAGCAAACUGCAGCUAUUGCCAUGCUAGAUGAAGUCCAUGAAAGUCUAUCUAAGCCUCCCACUGAUACUAAUGCCUAUACACUUGGCUCUAUAGGCCAGCAUAACAUUGUUAUCGCUUGUUUGCCUAAAGGUAAUGCUGGUCAAAACUCAGCAGCCACUGUGGCUACACAAAUGGUUCAAACAUUCUUAUCCGUCAAAAUCGGUCUCCUGGUCGGCAUAGGAGGAGGAAUCCCGUCAAAGGUGCGACUAGGCGAUGUAGUAGUGAGUACGCCAGAUGGCCAGUUUCCUGGAGUUGUUCAGUGGGAUCUCGGCAAGUCAAUGGAAGGAGGAAAGUUCGAAAGAACUGGUUCUCUUAAUAAUCCACCCAACUCUUUGUUAUCGGCACUGGGUAAACUAGAAUCGAAACACGAUCUAGAAGGUUCAAAGAUCCCGGAUUUUCUUGAGCAAUUCGGAGAAAAAUAUCCACUAGCCGCAAAGUCAUAUCUGAAUUCUACUUUACUUAAGGAUGUAUUGUUUAAAUCAGGUGGUGAGGAAGAAGAAAGCUGCGAUUCAUGCGACCCAUCCCAAAUCGUUCAAAGAAAAGGUCGGCCUAUGCGCAUUCAUUACGGUCUUAUAGCAUCUAGCAAUACGACAAUCGAGGAUGCAGAAUUACGGGACAGGCUACAUAAGGAGCUGGGCAAGAAACUACUUUGCGUUGAAACGGAGGGUGCCGGACUGAUGAAUAAUUUUCCAUGUAUUGUCAUACGAGGUAUCUGUGACUAUGCGGACUCCCACAAGAACAGAACAUGGCAGAAAUACGCGGCUGCAGUGGCAGCGGCAUUCGCAAAGGAGCUUUUGGGUUGCGUUCAGUCGAGUGAUGUUGAAGGAGAGCGGCCCAUAAGAGAUAUAUUGAAUGAGGGUGAGUUAUAUCACCUAAGCAUCGUAGAAUGA